AUGAUCAUAGAAAAUGUCGAAGCUUUGAAGUCGUGGCUGGCAAAACUCCUGGAGCCAAUAUGCGAUGCUGACCCCUCUGCACUGGCCAACUAUGUGGUGGCUCUUGUCAAAAAGGACAAACCGGAGAAGGAGCUGAAAGCUCUUUGUGCUGAUCAGCUUGAUGUCUUUCUUCAAAAGGAGACUAUGGGUUUUGUCGAUAAGCUUUUUGAGUCUUUGACAACAAAGAACUACCUGGGAAUACCUGUUGUCAAGGAACCUCCAAAAGAAGAGGUUAAACCGCCUGCAGUCAAAACUGAUGUUGAGACUGAAACUCCAGAGGAGGACAGAGAAAACAGGCGCAGGAGAAGCCCCCUGAGAACCCGCUCUGACUUCAAUGACUCCAGGAGCCGCGACGACAGGAGGCGGGAUGAGCGCAAGCGGCGUGACUUCGAGCGGCACGGGAAAAGCUGCGCCGAAUCCCAUCGUGAGCGAGAGCGCCACGAGCGUCGCAGGGCCAGCCCCCGCGGGAGGAGCUACAGCAGGAGCCGCAGCAGGAGCAGGAGCGGCAGCCGAGGAAAGAGCAGGGACCGAGAGCACAGAGGGGGCAGAGAGUUCAAGCCCAAAUUUGAUGUGGAGAGAAAAGAUACAGAGAGCUACAACGCUUCUGUCAUACCCGGCUCUCAGCAGCAGCACCCGCCACCUCUCGUCAUGCCCCUUCCCACAGUUCCACACCCGUUCCCCUCUUCUUCCUCAUCCAGCGGAGUUCCUGGAGCUGGAGGGGUUCCUGUGGCGACACCCGCUCACCUGCCAGACAGCACUACAGACAGCUGGUCGAACUACUACAACGCUCCGAGGCAAGACGGUGUCGGCAAGCCCUUCAUCAACAAGAGCGUCCCCCUCAAGCAGCGCUGCAGGGAUUACGACGAAAAAGGAUUUUGUGUCCGCGGCGACCUUUGUCCGUUCGACCAUGGCAACGAUCCUCUCAUCGUUGAUGACGUCAAUCUCCCAAAUAUAAUUCCAUUCCCACCCCCUCCUGUUAUGCCUCCCACCGGGUUACCCAUGCCUCCGAUCACCGAGCCACCCCCCUCCCUCAGGAUGCCAUCGAUGCCACCGUACGGCCAGCCACCGCCACCAGGUGUCUUUUCAAUGACAGGACCCCCACUGAUAGUAACCAGUGGGAUCGAUACCCCCAACCACCAAACAGCAAUCACUUCUUCUCCUCCUCUCGGACCACCAGGCGUGGGGUUGCCACCUACUCUUCCUCCUCCUCCUCCUCCUCAUCCUCAACCUCCUCCUUCAACCUCAUCUGUGUCUCUUCGCCCUCAAUAUGUCCAGUCUGAAUAUACCUAUGAUCCAGAGGGCUACAACCCAGAAUCUCCAGGCUUGACUGCAGCAGCUCGUAACUCGUACCGCCAGUUCAUUCCUCGGGUGCAGACCCAACGCUCUAACCUCAUUGGCCUCACGUCAGGCGAGGGACAAGGGUCCAGAGCUGCCAACAUUGUGAUCCAGACAGAACCUGCAGCUGCCUCCAGCUGUCCUGGAAAUAAUGUGUCAUGUUUCAACAUCGAGCAGGACAACCGAAAGAGGACACUGGGGCCAAGUACAGCUGAGGGACCUGCAACGAAGAAGCCCUGGAUGGACAAACCAAGCUUUACCAAUCAAGAUAAGAUCCUUUUUCCAAAGAGAAAUUACUACGUGAACACCAAGCUAGAGGUGCGCAAGAUCCCACGUGAGCUCAACAAUAUCACCAAGCUCAAUGAGCACUUCAGCAAGUUUGGAAACAUCGUCAAUAUUCAGGUGGUGUUUGGUGGAGACCCAGAGUCUGCGUUGAUCCAGUACACAAAGAACGACGAGGCCAGGCGAGCUAUAUCCAGCAUCGAGGCUGUGCUCAACAACCGCUUCAUCCGUGUGUACUGGCACCGCGAGCCCGACACCAACACCGCGGGUCCUCAGGAGCAGAGCUCGGGGAGCCUGUUGGCAGGGUUAGCCUCCAGCCAGGGGCUGCAGCACAGCAACAUGCAUAUGGGGAUCAAACAGCACAGUCCGUCCGCCUACGUGUUGAACAAGACUGCACCGAAACAUCACCUGAACAUAACGAAGACAGACGGACCGACUCCAAACGCUGACGCUGUUAAUGUACCGGUGGCUCCUAACACCCAGAAGAUCCCUUUCACUUCGACAGCCAUCAGGUCAAAGAGCCUUGGGAAAACAGGAAAAGCGCUGGAAGCUCAGGAAGCUCUUAAGAAGAAGCAGGAGGCAUUAAAACUCCAACAAGCCAUGAGGAAGAAGAAACAACAGAUGCUGAAGACACAAAUCGAGUGUCAGAAAGCUCUGAUCAACCGUCUGGAGAAGAAUCGCGGUAUGAAGCCUGAGGAGAGGGCCAACAUCAUGAAAACCCUAAAGGAGCUAACAGAGAAGAUUACACAGCUGCAGAAUGAAAUGAACCCGGCCCCCCAGGCCUCAAGUGGCAAAACCAGCCACAGCCAGCCCAAAACCAAGACAGAUGCUCAGAAAGAGUUGCUGGAUGCUGAGCUGGACUUUCACAAGAAGAUGAGCUCCGGAGAGGACACAACAGACCUCAAGAGAAAACUGGGGCAGCUGCAAGUAGAGGCGACACGGUUGGGCCUGAUCCGACCUCCUGCCGGUCGAGGCCGAGGCCGGGGGAAAAUGGCACCAGAGUCCGGUGCAAUACACGGGGGUCGAGGCAGGAGUCGAAGCCGGGAGAUGGGAUCCCGCGGGGGGCUUGUGAACCGUAUGGUGGUGGACCACAGACCCAGAGCUCUCGCAAUUUUAGGAGUCACGCAGGAAGAGAAGGAAGAACUAAUGCCUCAUUUUGUGAAAUUUGGUGAAAUUGAAGACCUCCGUGACCAAGAUGCCAGCAGCGUCAUCAUGACCUUUAAGACACGAAGUGAAGCAGAGAAUGCAGCCAAUCAGGGAGCUAAGUUCAAAGGUCGUAUUCUGCAGAUCUCCUGGUACAAGCCCAAAACACCUUCUGUUACAACUGAGCCAGAGGAAGAAGUGGCUAAAGACGAGGACAACACGAAGGAAGCAAACUCUUAUUUACCAGGAGAGGAGGAGCGAGGAGAGGACGAGGAAGAGGAGGAGGAUGAUGACGAGGACGACGAAUACGAGAGCAGAUCUUGGAGGCGAUAAAAAGACCGAGUUGUCUCCGUAAAAACUCAUAGAUUUUCCUCAAUAAAAAAAAAGA